UACCUCUAUUUUCCUCUCCCCAUCUCUCGCUGCGUCGUGACUACGCGCUCCCCCGUGCAAUCGUGAGCGAACUGCAGCGUUUCGACCCUCGCGCGUUGCGUGUUGCGCGUGCGUGCGAGCGGCAGUCACCCGCCAGUGCGUAUAUGGUGCGCGUCAUCUCGUCCUGCCAUGGCCAAUUCCUCCGGUCGAGCGCGGUGAGCGCGUGGUGCGCCUCCGCCGACGGAGCGGCGUCUUCUCCUCCGCGGUGUCGAAGCGAGCGGGACCUCUCGGAGGGGCGCCCCCCCCCCCCCUCCACGGGCCAAGCGAGCGGGCGGGGGGGGUGACCCCGCGAGACCCCCGUUCCCGCCUCCUCCCCGUUAUAUAUUCCUCCCCCCCCCCCCCCCCACGGCUGACCGUCGCCCACGCACUCGGUCCGCAGCACCACCGGCGCCUCUGGGCGCAGAACCCCUCCUCGUUCGCUGCGAUUGACGCGAGGACUCGACGCAGAAGAGAUGGCGACACGAGAGAGCGGGAGAUGCCGAGGAUGAGGAGGAGCCGAGCGCCGUGAUUCGCGACCAGCGCCGGCCAUCGCUGCUCCUCCAUCCUUCACCCCCUUCUCGCCUCCAUCGCACGCUCUGCGGGUCUCCGAGGAGGCUGAGAACACCCGCCUCGCAGCGGCUCUCUCGCUUCUCGCAGGAGGAGCGGCGCCUUCAGGCACCGGGGCCCACAGGGGCAGGCGGACGCGGCCGAUUAUAAUUGGGCCCGCGGGACAGGAGCGACCGGAGAUCGCUCUCGUUCUGCUGCGGCCGCUCUUGCUGCUGCCGCUGCUGUUCGCGGCUAUAAUUGGCGCAGGGAGGGGCCAGGUUCCGUCGCGAGUUGCGUCUGGACGGUGGCGAUCGCGGCGCCGCUGGGACACGGAGACGUCGCUCGAGGUCCAACGCGCACGGUUGUGUGGGGGAGCCCGCGGGAGAUGAGGUCCUUUGCCCUCGGAGGGCGCUUCGACAACAGCCCCGCUCCCGGGUCUCUGGGCCGCGCGGACUGAGGCUUGGAACCCUACUUCGACGGACCGAUCGCGCGCGACUCCCCUGGAGCCCCAGACCGGAGACCCCGGAGAGCAGAAAGCGUGGGACCCUCGGACCCCCCCCCCCCCCGGGGUGCGUCAUGGUUCUCCUGGCGUGGGCGCUCCUCGUGUGGCUGCGGCGCGCCUCCAGCGCCGACGCGUCAGGACCGGGAGUUUACGCUCCCCCUGAGGCAAGAAUCGUCUCCACGGGGCAGUCGUGCAAUGGACAAGAUGAGGGUCAGAGCGAGCGCGCGUUCGCCGUGCGCGAGGGGGACACCCUGGAGCUUACCUGCAUCGUCAAGGGUCACCCCCACCCACAGAUUCGCUGGACCAAGACGUCGAGCACGAGCUCGGACAAGCUGCAGGAGAUGAAUCUAUCCAACGAGACGCUGCGCAUCAAGAACAUCACGCGGCAGCAGGCGGGCUACUACUGCUGCCGCGCCGAGAACGGGAUCGGGCAGCCGGCCAUAUUCUCCUCCCGUGUGGACGUUCACUACCUGGACCCGCCCGUGCUCAUGGUCCACCAGAACGUGGGGGAGGCGAAGUACUACCAGGAGCGGACCACCUUCCUGCGCUGCUCCGCCAACUCGAGCCCCCCCGCGCAGAUCACGUGGCUGCGCGCGGGCCACGUGGUCAAGCAGGAGCAGGACGACGGCAUCAGCGUCUACAAGCCGCUCUUCGUGAAGGACGAGCCCAUGGUGCUGAAGCUGAAGAACAUGCGGGACAAGGACUACACGACGUACAGCUGCGUGGCGUCCGUGCGCAACGCGUGCGGCAUCGAGAACCUCACGGCGAGUUUCCAGCUCACAAACAAGACCGCGCCCCCGCAGAGCCGCAUCCGCGACGCGGAGAGUCUGGUGAUAAACCCAGGUGACAGGGUCUUCGUGCAGUGCGACGCCGUGGCUGGGUACCCCCACCCCUCCCUCUCGUGGUCACGUUUGGGGGGGCGUCUGCCCCCUAACAGUUGCGUCUCGGGCGGGAAUUUCAGCCUGGCGCGGGCGCACCGUGAGGACGCGGGCACGUAUUACUGCGAGGCGUUCAACCGCGUGGGCGACCCCUACCGCCGGCCCGUGACCAUUGUGGUGCGAACUCUGCGCCAGGGCCGCUUUUGGAUCACCCCGGACCCGUACGUAGAGGAUGGAAACAUCACCAUCGGCCGCGGGGUGAAUAUCACGUGCCAGGUGGAGGCCGUGCCUCUGGAGGAGCUCACGUACACGUGGUACAAGAACGGGCGCGUGCAGUCCAGCACGAGCCACAUGGUGAUCACGCCCACCGACGUGGACAUCCACCCGGGCACCUCCAGCCUCGCCAUCAUCAACCUCAAGUUCACCGACUUUGGCACCUACACGUGCGUGGCGUCGCUCAACAAUUACGCCAUCCCCAACAUCAGCAUCGACGUGAACAUCUCUAGCAGCACUGUGGCCCCCACGGUGACGGUGCCCAAGGGCCGCUCCGUGGUCACGGUGCGAGAGGGCAGCGUGGCGGAGCUGCAGUGCGUGGUGAGCGGCAAGCCCAAGCCCGUGCUGCUGUGGUCCCGCGCCGACCGCGACGCUCCGAUGCCGGACGGGGCACCGCACACCGAGAGCCACGACGGGACCCUGCGCUUCGCCAACGCCACGCGCAACAUGACCGGCACCUACCGCUGUCAGACGGGCCGCUACAAUGGCUUCAACGUCACCCCCCGCGAGGCCAACGUGCAGCUCAUCGUGCAGUACCCCCCGCAGGUGGAGCCCGUGGCGAGCGAGAUCCGUCAGGCGCUGGGCCGGCGCGUGUCGAUGCGCUGCGCGGUGCUGCGCGCGUUGCCCGCGCGGCCCCUCGAGUAUGAGUGGCGACGCGGGGGCCCCGUGCUGCGCUCGGGCCUCGUCGAGUCUCUGGACAUCGCGAGCCUCUCGGCCGGAGACUACGGCUCCUACACGUGCACCGUGACCAACGAGGCCGGGUCCUCGAGGUGCCUCUUCAACGUCACCGGCCGUGCCUACGCACCAGAGUUCUACUACAACCGGUCGCACCCGAUCCGCACGGUGGGCGACAUGUACGCCUAUCAGCUCGAGUGGACCCAGGCGCUGCCGGAGGCGGUGGACCGCGUCAAGACCUACAAGCUCGAGUACCGGCGGGUGGGCACGUUGUUGUGGCGCAGGGUGACCUUGCAGGCGCUGCCCCUGGGGCGUGGGCAGCUGCACGAGCAUGUCCUUCCCGACCUGCAGCGGCCCCACUCCUACCAAGUGCGGCUCACGCCUGUCUCGCAGUUCGGAGAGGGAGACACGGCCAACUUCCUCGUCCACUACAAAGAGGACCCACCCCCCUUUCCCUCGUACCCCCUAGAUCUCAACGGCUCGGGAACCCUGACCCCUGCCUCCGCGUGUCAAUUUGAGGAGAAUCUCUGCGGCUUCGCGGCGGACCCGACGGGGACGUUCAACUGGACGAGGCGAAGCCCCCUGACCAGGUCCAGGAGGCCGUCCAACACGGGGCCCACCCUGGACCGCCACAACACCUCGACGGGUCACUACAUGUUCCUGGAGGCUUCGAAUCCGCGCCGUGCCGGGGACCGGGCGCGUCUCCUGAGCCCCUGGUACAGCCCCCCGUGGCGCACCCACUACGCGAAGGUGAACAAGGACAUCUGCCUCAUCUUCUACUACCACGUGUACGGCAAGCACAUGGGCGCCCUCAAUGUGUACGUCAGAGCGGAGGGAGUCCCCGACAACCGCGUGUGGGGUCGCAGCGGCAACCAGGGGAACGCGUGGCACCACGCCGCCGUGGGCAUCGUGCCCCCGAAACGCUUCCAGCUGGUGUUCGAGGGGGUGCGCGGGAACGGGGAGGAGGGGGACAUGGCCUUGGAUGACAUCUCCGUGAUGCAGGGGCGAUGUGAGCGCUACGUCAACCUCAAGCCCUCGGUAGGAGUCGCCAGUCCCCUGGGCCGAGCGGGGAGGCCCCGCCGUGCCCACUGGUGGCUCGUGGUCGCGGGGUCCCUCGGCAUCUUCCUGCUCGGCAGAUGAUGACGAGGAGCAGCCCCAUCCGUGCACACGCACGCGCGCACACCUGUACACGCGUAUCCACACACACACACAAACCUACACACGUCGGUUAACAGAGUCCGGGGACAAGCGCUGUAAGCGAGUAGCACCUAUGGAGGCCGCCAUGGCACACGAGGUGGUGGAUGGCCAACGCCACGCCCUCGUCGCGAUGUUUACACAUCGCAACAGGUACUAAUUUGAGGCUGAGUCGACCUAGGAGAGGCCCAGAAGCGGUUCAGAUAAUCGUCACUGGUGCUGAUCGUGAGCGAGAAUCGAACUCGGGUCACAGGGUUCGUAGUGUAGCGUGCUAACCAUACACAAACACCUGUGCACACACCCCCAUAGACACGUGUGACACCCACACAUCUUUGGCACACCUGUGCCUACAGCCACAUUGCAUACACACCUGUUGACACACACACGCACAUCCUCCUCGCUCGGGGACCACAGCCCGGGCUCCUCCGCACUCACGCCUCCCACCCCCGAGGAUGAGCUCUCACCUGGAGCCCCAGGAGGGUGGACGCCAGGUGGUGGUGGUGGUGGGGGGGAG